AGGCGCUCCCCAGGGAAUAAUCGGUUUUGUCUAGAAUGGAGCAGGGGUACGAAAAACGACUGUUAGGGUCUCCUUAUAAAUCGCCCAUUAAAACAGUUAGCCCCAUGAAGACUCCAACGAAGGAAAAUUACAUGGACCGAUACAUCCCAUUGAGAGCAAAUGCACGUUGGAAAACGUCGACAUCUUUCGAGCAAACAAAUAGUAAUCCAACGCGUAAGCUGUUUCAAAGUAGUCGCGGAAAUACUGAUGGGCUCAGUAACGAUGUUGAUUCUCCGAAUCAGAAUGGCUAUCCAAGUCACGGUCUUGCGUCUUUUACUGGCGAAAGUAACUGGGGAACAUCUGGUGUCAAUUCGGCCGUGCAGGAGCCCGCACCACCUACGGAGGCGAGAGGCUGCGACCUUCUCUCUGCUCUUGUAGCCAACGAACUUGAGGAAGCUUCAUUAGGUGGGGCUUAUAGCCCUGUGAAUUCAAGAUGCAGUUUCGGUAAUUCUGGCGUUCUGGCAGCUAGAGAAAACAACAAUAUGUUUUCCUUCAAGCUUAGAAGGGAGAGUCCAUGUAAAUUGAAAACAUCUCCCUAUACCAUGUCUCCAGUAUCUGAAAAAAGUCAACAUUUGCUGAAGUUUCCACAAAAACAAGCGCGUAAAAUAUCUCGGGUACCAUAUAAAGUUCUAGAUGCUCCGGAGCUACAAGAUGAUUUUUACCUUAAUCUUGUUGAUUGGUCUUCUCAAAAUGUAUUGGCGGUUGGGCUGGGAACAUGUGUUUACUUGUGGAAUGCUUUCACUAGUCAGGUUACUCGAUUGUGUGAUGUUUCUGGAGAAACCGAUGUUAUUUCAUCAGUUGCGUGGUCCAAAAAGGGUAGUCAUUUAGCGAUCGGCACUUACCGUGGUCAUGUUCAAAUAUGGGAUGUGACUAAAAGUUCCUGCAUACGCUCACUAAACGGACAUAUCGCUCGUGUCGGUGCUUUGGCGUGGAAUGCUGAUCUUCUGGCAUCUGGCAGCCGAGACCGUUAUAUUCUGUUACGUGAUACACGUGCUUCAGCUAAUUCUGGUGGUGGACCCACUGGUCAUCUACCUACUACAAAUCCCUCUAAUGCUUCUGUAUUAACUGCUGAACUUGCUGAUAGAGAUGAGGUUAUGACUGAUUUCAAUUCCAUUAGUUCACCGAGUCACAUUGAUCAAGUAGAAAGUGACCCAAACUAUCCGCGGGCUUCAACACCUAUGGUAUCGAUCAAUAGUGACCUUCCGGAAGUUGAUCCUCCAAGUACUCCAGCCCAAAUGGAUAUAGACAUGCUUGGGUUUCGAGAUACGGAUCACGCUUCAUCAUGGUCUGCCGCAAGGACGUCAGCAAAUUCCACUGUCACCCAGACCACUGCUUUACAGUCGAUCGAAAAUGGAGCAGAUCGUCUUGUUCCUGGAGCAGUACGUGUGCUAAAGGAUCAUAGACAAGAGGUAUGUGGGUUAAAAUGGUCUCCUGACAGUCAGUAUUUAGCAUCAGGAGGUAAUGACAAUCGUCUACUCGUUUGGAGUCAGCAUGCACCAUCUACUGGUGGCCCUGUCUUAACGUACGAAGAGCAUGUGGCCGCUGUCAAAGCAAUUGCAUGGUCGCCUCAUCAACAUGGAUUACUCGCAAGUGGCGGUGGUACAGCUGAUCGUUGUAUUCGAUUUUGGAAUACAUUAACUGGUCAGGCUUUACGUAGCGUGGAUACUGGAAGUCAGGUUUGUAAUAUUGCUUGGUCCAUACAUAGUAACGAAUUGGUCAGUACACAUGGUUACUCACAGAAUCAAAUUCUUGUUUGGAGAUAUCCUAGUCUAACACAGUUAGUCAAGUUGGUUGGGCAUUCAUAUCGUGUGCUGUACCUAGCAAUCAGUCCAGAUGGUGAAAACAUAGUAACUGGUGCAGGAGAUGAAACACUUCGCUUCUGGAAUAUAUUUACUAAAGCCAAAACUCCAAAAGUUAGUAUACUAAGUGUUGUUUGUGUCGUUGUUUUUAUUUUGACCUUGUAUAAUUGGUUGAUCUGAUCAUCUAGUUUUGAUCUCUUCAGAUAUUUGGUUAUGAAAUGUUUUUAUCUGUGGUUAACCAAUAUAAUUCCAAAUAGUUACGAUGAUUUUCCCACAGUUCACUUACAGAACAUGCAGAUACUACUCAUCUCCCUGGGGUGAAUUUUUUCUAGUAUCCUAAUAACUAAUUUUCCUAGCUAAAUUAGUUUUUUUGUUGCAUACUGUCACUGUCAAACGGAACAACGUAAAUUCACACACAAAAGCCGUCGAGUUAAUCUUUUUAAAUAUCACAUAAGUUUGUCAGUAGGCUCCAACUCAGUGGGGUUGAAAAGACUAUGAGUAAUUUAAAGCGAGGAAGGGCAGCUGGGCUUAAUGGAUAUUCGUAGGUCACCAAUAUUCGUUUAUAGGUGUCUUUGAAGCAUUGUUUACGUAUUUCGGGAUCAGUAAGUAAUCAAAGCCUGGGUUAGGGAUAAAUUUCUAUGUAUUUGGUAACCUACUUAAUAGUUAUAUUUCGUUGUAAGUUACCUCUUAAUUUCGUUAUAGUACUCAUGUCUGUAUCAAUUAUUGUAAAUAUGAAGCGUUUCUGUUGACUUAAUAUACAGGUUUUUAGCCUUAUAUAUAUAACAUCAGAUGAUUGACUGGAAACAGCAGAUAAAAAAGUACUUAUCAAUAGACAAUCAAAUAUACUCUGUCGUUAAAUAGAUGUAUUUCACAUAAUCUGGUUUCUCUAAACAUGAGUAGCUGAAAGCCAACUUAGUACAGUGGUAUUUAUUUUAUGUUAAACAGAGUUAUGAUGUUCAUGGAAUCACACCAGUUAAUAUGUUUAUAUUUUAGUGUGGAUGUAGUGUUAAUUUUUAUCGUAAAUGAAUUUUUAUGUUAUGCACAAAUAUGUUGCAUAUAUAUAUUCAGUACGAGUAACUUUUGUGCUACCGUAUGUUUCACAACUUCAAACUAUCUCACAUUAAAUCCAUUGAUUUUUAUUAGAUGCAACCAUCUUCACUGAACUUAUUCAAUGGGAUUAGAUGAUCUAUCUAAAAAAGAAGUCUUUCAAAACCUGUGGAUAUUUCUCCGAUGUGUUUUAUUCUACUUAGCAAAUAUAUAUGUAUCAUCAACAAUAUGCGCACAUUAGUUAUAUGCUAUCCAUACAUAUUACUCGACUAUAUUAUUCAUUUCUGUAAAUAUAUGAUUACUUAUUGAUAGAAAUUUCAAAUGUGUUAAUAACUAUAUAUUCCAUCAUUAACAAUUACAUUCUGGUCGUAUGUAUCAACGCCAUAACUCUUAUUUUCUACAGGUCUUGAACUUCUAACUUUUACUUUAGUCAGUUCAACUGUAUGCAAAAUUAUAUGGUUGCUUCUUACUUCUGUCUUUACUUAUUACAUAUUGAACGAAACAAAAUAGUAAUCAUUAUUAAUUUAUAUUUUCCUCACAAUUGCUUGUCUUUGUGAAAUUGUACUUAUAAUAUAUUUCUUAGUUUUGUAAUUCCUUUAAAUAACACAUUGUGUAAGCCACUGUGUAUCUGUUCAUCCUAGUCAUUUGUGACAGCUUUUUCUUUUCUUUUAAUCUAUUUGUAUUUUUCUUUUGGCUGUCUGUGUCGUAUUUAGUUCAACUUCUUUGACACUGUGAUAGUCUUCCUCAUAAUAAUAACAAUAAUAUAUAUGUACAUAUAUAUAAUGUGCAGCGAAAAUAAAACAUCAUCUUAGUU